AUGUCCUCCGCCGAAGACCAGGAUCUUUUGGCGCGUAUCGGUCAACUCGCUGGCCAGAUAAACCGACACAAAAGCCAACAGGCGGGCGUGGGAGACUCAGUCCCGGCCCUAAAUCCUACGCCAUCUCACCAUUACCAUCCCUACCAUUCGGCUGGUCAUGCCUCCCAAUCAUGGGGCCGUGGCCGUGGAAGUUAUCGGUCGCGGGUAGCCCGUGGUGGACACAUUGCGCCGCAUCGCCACAGGACACUCAUUCUCAACACCAACACCACGAAUGAUGUUGCUGGCGACGGCAGCAAGAGCGUCACUACUCCUCAUUCUGCAACUCUCGCAUCAGCCUCGGCUGCUCCUUUCAGUGCUUCCCCUUCCUGGGUAACGAAAAAAGACCGGAACCUCCAACUCAUCAACUCGGCAGUGUACGAACGAGAAUCCCUGGCGCGGUCAACAGGGGCUGCAGAGGCGAGGCGACAGAAGUUUAAGAUGCUUAACCAACGGGAGCGAGCCAAGCUCCUUCGUCACUUUCAGAAUGGUAGCGGCCACGCCGCUGUCACUCGCCCUGCGACUAACGCCUCGGCCACACAGUACGAAGUCGUCAUUGAGGGGAUCAAGUUUCACGUCGCAAAGAAUGGCAGCAAACUUGUGAAAGUCGCCGAUAACAAUGCCCCCAAGGCCACCCCCAAGCAAGCCGUAGUCGGUGGUGUCAAGUUCCUUCGGAGUCGCAACGGCAACAUGGUCAGACAUGAUAUUGUCAAGGCGCAACGGUAUGACCCUCGACCUCCGUCUUGCGGAACGCUUACCAAGAAAUUUUCUAGGCAAAACGGCCCGGUCCGCAAAGUUCAAACACCUUGCAGGAUAUUUUCAACAACCGGUAUCUUUUCUAUCCCUCUUACGAUUCCCUUGAAGAUCCGACACUACUCGCCGCCGCGCCAUAGUACGGCUACCGUGACGUGGCUCGCUGCUAGGAAAUGGGCGAGUAUCGAGUCUUGUUCGCUAGUCUGCCGGGACUUUGGCAUCUACGGCUACUGCAACAAGGGCGCCAACUGUGAAGAUCGACACGUGUUUGAGUGUCCCGAUUUUAGCAACACAGGUCAAUGUAAGAUCAAGGGAUGUAAGCUGACCCACCGGGAGCGGGCGAGCGUUCUUCGCAAGGCGGUAGCCAGCAAGGAUGAAGGCGACUCGGAAAUGGAGGAUGUUUCGAGCGAUGAGGACGACGAAUCGGUCGGCAGCAAUGACGUCGAUUCAGAUGCCGUGGACGAGUUCCUGGGCGAAGACGAAAAUCCCGACGAUGAUUCUGAUGACUUCAAGGAGUAUAUCCAGCUGUAA